AUGGGCAAUUUCUUUUGUCUAGCUGAAGUCGGAAGCUGUGAGGUGCCACUGGGAAUGGAGAAUGGCAAGAUAUCGAACGAGUCUCUGUCAGCUAGUUCCAGCUAUGACCAGAGUGUUUCACCUCUUAGCUCCAGGAUAAGAACUGAGAUACGUGGCGGAGCGUGGUGCCCCAACGGCCUCAUACUGCCCCACAGCCGGCAAUUCCUGGAAAUAGAUCUCCACGCUGAAUACUUAAUCACGGCGACGGAAUCGCAGGGAAGAUUUGCAAACUCCGUGGGCGUUGAAUUCGUUGAAAGUUACUCUGUGGAAUAUUGGCGAGAGGCGCUUAGCCGUUGGGUCAAGUAUAAGGACUUCAAUGGGAGCAGACUUAUUCCCGGAAACGUGAACACUUACACGCCAAGAAAAACAACUCUAGAAGCGCCUUUCGUCGCGUCAAAAGUGCGGUUCUUUCCGUACGCGGCGCACCCUCGUACGGCGUGUAUGAGGGUCGAGCUCUACGGAUGUCGAUGGAAACAGGCCCUUAUUGCGUACGCUGCACCAAAGGGCUGCGACAUGCAAGCGAUGACUGGCGGCGCACGAUUUGAAGACUUAUCGUACGAUGGCAUCGUACACGGUACAACACUAGUUGACGGUCUGGGACAGAUCGCCGAUUCUUAUACCGGACCAAAUGAUUUUGAACUACCAGAACCGUUGGACACUAGCGGUACCCGCUGGGUGGGUUGGAAUAAGUCCAUGUCUGUGGACGACGAAGUAGAACUCACAUUUAAUUUUACGGACACAAGGCUUUUCCAACACGUCGACAUACACACAAAUAACAUGUUUACAAAAGACGUUCAGCUCUUCAAAGAAGCAGAAGUCUACUUCUCAUUGGAAGGUGAGCGUUGGCAAGAAGACUAUAUGUCCUACGAGCCAAAACAAGACAAGGUGUCUGAGCAUGCGCGCACCAUCCACAUUGACCUAGAGAACCGUACAGCCAAGCAUAUCAAGUUGAAACUUAAAUAUCAAAACGAGUGGAUCCUGAUUAGUGAAGUCACUUUUAAGUCAGUUCCAACGGUAGUAAAUCAAUCGACAGAGUUCCUGGACGAGUACUACAGGACAGACAUGCCCCCCACAUCUAGGAAGAAACGCAAUUCUUCCCUAAAAGUGUCUGUGGGCCUCGCCUGUGGCGCCAUUGUGGGGGGAGGUGCGUUCAUAGCGGCCACAGCUAUUCUUGUCACCAAGCGGGCGAGACGAAGGAUUCCUAACAUGCUCAAGAAGCCGUUCUGCCCUUCGUUGAGGAACGCGAGAAACAAUCGACGAGCGCCUAGACUUGCGUUGGCACUUGCUAACUGUCCACCUAUACAUAUGCUUCGAAGCCCGGCUAUUGUCGACGAAGACUACCGGGAGCCAUAUAACAUUUGGCGGGAAACUUUGGGACGACAAAAACGCGAGAGCCAUGACCAAAACGAAUACAAUGAAAUAUGCGAAGAUCCGGAAUUCCCGAGACCGUACAUGAUGAAACGACCCGACCCUCAGGAGAGCUUCUACGCCGCUACGGACAUUAUUCACCAUGUAAGUACCUAG